UUUUGGUUUCGGCACUAAAGUUUCAGGCAAAUUCAAAAUAAUCUACAACAGGUGGAUUUUAGUAUUGUUUAAACAGCCGAUACAUAAUCAACAACAACUCUAUCCAAUUUGUCCAACAAAAAUGGCCUGUUUUUGUGAAAUGAUAGGGCUCGCCUGUUUAGUGGCGCUCCUUAUGAGUUUUUCCAAUAAGGCACCAUAUCAGCUGAAAAUGGCCAUAUUUUUAAUUGGUUCAGGAGCCAUUGUACUUAUUUGUAUACCAUUUAUGAUAUUUAGACCAAGAGAUUAUAAAAAUGGAUUUGCUCCCGCCUGGGCUUGUCGACAGCUUUGUAAAGGCUUAGGCGUAACAAUGGAAGUCAGGGGGCUAGAAAAUAUACGCAAAAAUUCUGGUAGUGUAGUUUUACUAAAUCAUCAAAGUGCUUUAGAUCUUUUAGUUUUGGCUUAUCUGUGGCCGGUAAUUGGUCGUGCUACAGUUGUUUCUAAGAGAGAAGUUUUAUAUCUACCCUUUUUCGGUUUUGGUUCCUGGCUUUGGGGUACAUUAUUCAUUAACCGAUCUCGUAAAUCAGACUCCAUAAAUGCUCUGCAGAAAGAAUCAAAAGCCAUAAACGAAAGGGGUUGUAAAUUAUUACUCUUCCCCGAAGGUACACGUAAUUCCAAUGAAACCUUGUUGCCUUUUAAGAAAGGUUCCUUCCACAUUGCCCUCCAGAGUCAGUGCCCCAUACAACCAGUGAUUAUCUCCAAAUAUUGGUUCUUAAAUAGCGAAGAGAAAACCUUCCGGUCAGGUCACGCCAUUAUUAAUAUUUUACCCGAAAUUCCUACAGCUGGCAGCACAAAAGACGAUAUGGAUGCAAUAAUCGAUAAAACUAGAAAUAUAAUGCAAUCAGAAUAUACUAAACUUAGCCAGGAAGCUAAGGCCAUCAAUUCUAAAAAGCAAAAUUAAGUGGAUUCAGCUUUACACGAUCAACAACAUUAUUAACUAACGAAGUAAAUGACAAACCAAAAAAUCUAGUUUUAACUCAGGUAUUGUGGCAUCAAUUUCCUAAACAAACAAACAAAAAUUAAGCAAAAACCAAAAAUUAUUUUGUAUUGAAUACAAAAAGCAAACAACUAAAUCUAAAACAACCAACUAAAGUAUUGCUAAAACAAUUAAAUUUGUGAAACAGUAAAUGAUAAAAAAACGUUUCUCGGCGAUAAGUUUUAAACUUUUUUCUUCUGCUUACCGUAUCGAAGUAAAGACAAUGUACAAGUACUUUGUUUGUAAAGAAUUUCUUUAUUUUUUAUUAUUGUUUUAAGUUAUUAGAUAUUGUAUUUAUUCUAUAUUUGAAAUAUAUUCAUAGUAAAUUUAACUAAUUUUAAUAAAUGCGUUUGAAAAAACACUCACAAUUUAUGAAGUAAA